AAUUACUAUGAUUUACUCAUGAUUAAAGAGCUGAAGAGAGAUUUUGUCAUUACAUUACCACUCACUGCCAGAACCCGACGGUGGUUUCCAGGGAAACUGGAAAAUGUGAAGCUUUUCAAUAGACACAGCCACAGCUUAAAGAGCGAGGAUUGCCUAAGAUAGAUUCUUCUAGAGACAAACCUGUAGCCACUGCAAUCACUAUCAAUCAACAAGGGAGAUAUACGGACAGAUGUGGGUCUCGAUCAGCUGGGAGAUUUUGCGAUGUUUGCCCCAAAUGUGAGACAGAGUUAUGGAGAGACUUCACACUGACUUGGACUGCUGAGGUACUUCAACCACUUUAAUGCAGAGACAAAAUGGGAAGUCUGAAGGACGAGAUGAGAGGUCUCAGAGAGGAGCACAAGCCUUGUGAGAAGACAGAUGAUGGAGAGCGUCCAGGCGGCUCAGAUGGCGGCACAGAGUGUGAGGGACCUCAGAUAAACACGAGUCAAGAGUCAACAACUCAUCAGCCAAAACUUCACACAAAUGCCAGCUACGUUGAAGAGGGACACGAGAAUGAGAAAUCCAAAGACGAAGCGCUUUCUGAAAAAGGCUCGACGCAGACUGACGCCAUCCUACUGACACAACAACCUGCAGAUGAUGGAACAACAGCAGCAACACACAACGACUCGACCAUCUCUCAUCAGCCCCUGAGUGAUGGAGAUGGAGAUGGAGAUGGAGAUGGAGAUGGUGAAGUUCAAAGGGAGACAUCUCAGGAUAAAAACAUGGGUCAUGAGAAAGAAGAAGAUGGAGGCGUUAAUAAUAUAUAUUUCCCCGUGCCAGCGACUCCAGGCCCCUCAGACCCAUGUUCCCCAGCACCUUCCGGCUUGCACCACAUGCGCACUCAGGUCAGCCUGGAGGUGGUCCAGUGUCGCUCUGCAGCCACCAGCCCUAUGACCCCUCCUGAGGGCGGCCACUCCUUUAUCUUCCCAAGCUCUUUUGGGAAGUCUGGUACUAUUGGUACUGGCACCAAAGAUGCUGCGGUAGGUCAGGUUCAGGUGGAGUUCUGCUCCGUGGCCACAUCCCCCAUGACCCCAAAGACGCCCUCGACCACGGCUUUCCCAGAGCUUAUCGGGAGAGAGACGGUACAGAAAGAGGAGAAAGGUAAGGAGACUGAAUGCCGGAAGGAGAGUGGUCAGCAAGAGAGUUCCCCUGUGACAAAAAGUCAAGAAGAGGCUGUGUCAGAGAUAGCCGGAGCUUUGAAAUCUACCACAUCAAAGGAGCAGAGUGAGGGCUUCGGUUCAAGCACAUCUCCAGGGAGCUCCGGCAGCUGCCCUGCUGACAGGUUAAAAGAUCCACAAGUAACUCUGGAGGAUGGUAAUCAUCAGUGUAAGCAGCAGAGGAUGGGAAGUAUGGAUCAAGACAUUACAAUCCUGGUGACCCACCAUGGCAACAAUGACGACGAAGAGGACGAGAAUGCCAUUGAGACAGAGAUGGUCAAAAUAGAUGAAAAUGAGGAGCUAAGAGAGAGUGAUGGAAAGAGGGAGGAUGGAAAGGAAGCUGAUGCCCCUAAUGCACAAGACACCUCACACACAAACCCUCCACAAAAUAAAUCCUCGGUUUCUACCUGUGACAAACCAAAAACAGAAAAUUCAGAGGUGAAAGAAAGCAAAGAUGCAUGUCAAGAGUUGAGGGAUGUAACGAAGCCUCCUGUCCCUGAAUCUCCAGCUCCGUUCGGCUGCCACAACAUCCGCACACAGGUGAGCCUGGAGGUGGUGCAGUGCCAGUCUGUGGCUACCAGCCCCAUGACUCCUCCUGAAGGGGACCAGGCCUUCUACUUCCCCAGCUCUGUGGGGAGCAGCAGCGGCGUAGGCACAGACACUAAAGAGUUUCGCUCUGUCGCCACGGCACCCAUGACCCCGAGAACGCCCACUGUGACUGUUUUUCCUGAGGUCAGGAAGGAUAUAAUCGUUGAGGACAAGAUAGUGGAGGAGGAAGAGGAGAAAAAGGAGCAGCCAGUGGUGGAGGACAAAGAAGAGGAAAAAGUGAACAAAGAGGAAAAAGUGAACGAAGAGGAAAAAGUGAAGAAAGAGGAAAAAGUGAAGGAUGAGGAAAAAGUGAACGAAGAGGAAAAAGUGAGCGAAGAGAAAAAGGUGGAAUCGGCUGAUGAGGACACGAAGGAGGAAGUGAACUCUAAAUGUGAGGAGCCGGUGCAGGAGGUGAGCUGGGAUGAAAAGGGCAUGACGUGGGAGGUGUACGGGGCGGUGGUGGAGGUGGCCGUGCUGGGCUCGGCCAUCCAGAAACACCUGGAGAAGCAGGUGAAGAAGCAGAAGCCCUCCAUGCCUCCACCUCCGCCGCUCAACCCCUCGGCCAUGCCCCUCUCGCCAGAGGCCAUCCAGGGGGGGUCGGGCUCAGGGUCAGGUUCGGGUAAGGGCCGGGCGGGGAAGAGGGGGGAGCGGGGCGGGGAGGUGAGCCGACGCAGGAGGAACCCCUUCCGUCAGCUGAUGGAGAACAUGCAGCAGCCGCACUGCUGCUCCAGAGCUCACACCGCGGAGUGA